GACCCCCCACCCCAAUCCCGGUGCCCCCCCAGAGCUGCAGUUCGUGCUGGAGGCGGACGCGGAGCGGCGCCGGCGGGGGCAGGUGCCCCGGGUCACCUUCCUGGCGCGGGGGCCCGCGGACCCCGAGCACCGAAUCUCGGGGACCCUGGAGCUGCCCCGGCAGCGCGAGCGCGGCUGCGUCACCGCCACCUUCCGGCUGCACGACGACAUCCGGGACAAGCUGCGUCCCAUCGAGCUCAGCCUCGCCUACGCCAUCGGGGCCACGCGGGGGUGGCACCGGGGGGCCCCGGGGGCAGCGCUGCCCCCGCUGUCCCCUGCGCUCAGCCCCCGCCAGCCCAGCACGCACCGCGCCGAGGUGCAUUUCCUGCGCCAGGGCUGCGGCGAUGACAAAAUCUGCCAGAGCCACCUGGAGCUGCGGCCGCGCUUCUGCGCCCGCCGGGGCGACAGCGACUUCCAGCCCCUGCCCAGGGACGAGAAUGGCACUGCCACCUUCUCGGUGAGUGACCAGAAGGACGUGGCCCUGGAGGUGCUGGUGACCAACGAGCCCUCGGACCCUUUGGAGCCGCAGAGGGACGGGGGACGAUGCCCACCAGGCCCUGCUGGUGGCCCACCUUCCCCCCGGAGGCUGCCCUACGCUGCCAUGCGCCCCGCCGAGGCCGGGGGGCUCGGGGACAAAGUGCUGUGCUUGGCCAACCAGAACGGCUCCAGGGUGGAGUGCGAGCUGGGGAACCCCCUCAAACGCGGGGCGCAGGUGCGGUUCUUCCUCAUCCUCAGCACCUCGGGCAUCUCCAUCCACACCACGGAGCUGGCGGUGCAGCUGGAGCUGUCCACCACCAGCGAGCAGCCGGGCCUGGAGCCGGUGGUCGCCCGCGCCCGCGUGGUCAUCGAGCUGCCCCUGGCCGUGACGGGCGUGGCCGUGCCCCCCCGGCUGUUUUUUGGGGGCAGGUGGUGGGGGAGAGCGCGGUGAGGACCCGAGAGCCAGGUGGGCAGCGCCGUCCGCUUCGAGGUCACGGUGUCGCAGCGGGGUCCGGUGCUGAAGACCCCCGGCUCGGCCGCGCUGACCGUGCAGUGGCCGCUGGAGCUGCCCAACGGGAAGUGGCUCCUGUACCCCCUGAGCCUGGAGCUGGGCACCCCCCCCGUGCCCUGCAGCCCCCCCGCCAACCCCCUGCGCCUGGCACUGGUGCGGGAACCGGGGGGGGGCCGGGGGAGCCGCCGGGCCGGGGGGGACCCCCCCGAGGAGCCCCCGCCCCGCUCGUGGUGGGUGCCCGCGGGGAGGAAGAGGAGGAACGUGACCCUGGACUGUGCCCAGGCCACGGCGCGCUGCCGCCCGUUCCGGUGCCCGCUGCCCACCCUGGAGCGCUCGGAGCUGCGGGCGCGGGGCCGCCUCUGGAACGGGACCUUCCUGGAGGAGUUCCUGGAUGUGGAGAACCUGGAGCUGAUCGUGCGCGCCGCCGUCUCGGUCACCUCCCCCCGCGGCAAUGUCGUCAUCAAGGACGCGGUGGCGCAGAUGUCCGUGUCCCUGCACCUGGACCCGGGCGUGGCCGUCACCGGGGUCCCCUGGUGGGUGCUGCCGCUGGCGGCGCUCCUGGGGCUGCUGCUGCUGGCCCUGCUCGUGCUGGGGCUCUGGAAGCUGGGGUUCUUCCGGCGGGCGCGGGCGCCGCCCCCGGCCGUGCCGCAGUUCCGGGCCGUGCGGAUCCCACGGGAGCAGCGGCCGCACGUCCACGAGGGCCGGACCGGGACCAUCCAGCGGCGGGAAUGGGCGGCCAGCCCCGGCGGGAAAGGGGACGGGGACAGGGACGGGGACGGGCCUCGGACACCCGGAUCCGCCUGAGGGACCCCCGGGCCGUGGGGUGGACACGGGGUGGACACGGGAUGGGGAUGGACAUGGGAUGGAGUCGGGAUGUGGGAUAACGGACACGGGACAUGGACACGGGCCACGGACAGGGGCACAGGACAGGACACAGGACCCGGACACUGGGACAGGCCCAGGGAAGGCCCCACGGAGGCCCCACAAUGUCCUGGAGCUCCCGGGAUGGGCAGUGGCCGGACAGAGCCAUCGGCCUGGGGUCACUCGGGUCCUGGGGGUCACUUCAAUCCCGGGGGUCACUUGGGUCUCAGGGGUCACUUGGGUCCCAGGGGUCACUUGGGUCCUGGGGGUCACUUUUUGUCCCCAAUAAAAAGCGCUGACCCCACACA